AUGGCGCCGAAAGCCUUAACGGAUUGCCCCGAGAACCUUCGAGAGGCGAUCGACUGGCUCAUACAAGUGAAGCACGGUGGCGGGAUCCAGACGCUGGCCGAGGCUCUCGGCUAUAAGCCUCCUGGAACCUACGACGGUUCCGGGAUUGUGUAUGGCUCCGCCUCCCGUCUGUGCGAUGCAGUCGUGUCCUUCUUGCAUAGAGUGAUCAGUGAUGUGCGUGACAAUCAGCCGUAUGUUGUUGGUAGAGUUUUGUUAGGUGGCCUAAUUAGUGAGCUUGAAAAAGCCAGGUGGAGUGGGCACCAUGGCUUCAAAGCUGUGCUCCCCAAAGUGGCCAGUGGCCUGGGGGAGUAUAACAGAAAGGUUAAGGACUCGAAUGAUAGAGUCAAGAGGCCGAUCAGUGAGUUGCUUGACCAUGUGAAUCCGGACGGUGAGUUGCUUAAACGCGUUAAUGGUUUGCAGGUUGAGAGUGUUACUGAGGAAGAAGUUAAGAAGGCCGAGAGGCUGGUAGAGGAAUGUCGAAAACGCGCUGACGCAUUCUACAAUGAUAUGAACAAAGUGGCCAGCACAACUAGCGCAAUAAAAGACCUGAAUCCUACGUUGCGUGAUAGAGUUAUGAGUGCUAAGAAACAUAUGGCGCAAGAAAGGAAGCGUCUUCGGAACCUGACGAGGAAGGAGAGAGACAACGUGGAGGCCAUUACGAAAAUUAUUAGUAAGGCCUUGAGGGAGCUGGAAAACAGUGUGAGCAAUAAGAUCAGUGAGCAAAUUGAUGCGCUCGUUGAAAAGUUAAAAGGUAUGGUCGAGAAAAUCAGAGCAAAGCUUGUUGACAUCUAUCUCGAGUUGGGAAAAUAUGUCGACGAGCUGGAGGCUUGGAUCACGGAGGCCAAGAAAUUCAUUGAAUUUGCGGAGCAGAAUGUAAAGAAAAUCUUGGAUGAAGUUACGGUAAAGGAAAGCGGUGCUAAGCCGGAGAGGUGGAAGAAAAUUGAGGAAAACGUAAAUAACAUUAAUAACGGACUUGACAUGCAAAUUAAAGCUUUGCAGGCUUGGAUUAAUAACGCCGAGGAAACGCGAGGAAAGGCUGAGAAAAGAGCUAAAGAGGCCUUUGACAUUCUCAGUUAUUAUAAGGAUUAUAAAACUCGUGAAAAGACAGAGCUUGCCGAAAAUAUACAGAAAAUUCUUGACGCUAAAGAACAAAUUGUAAAAGUUCAUGAGGGAUUGAAAGAUGCUGACAAAGAUUUGGAAACGUGGAAAAAUGCGGCAGGCGGUUUGCUUGGCAAUGUGAUUGGAGCGACUAAAGGAGUGAAAGAUAAGUUGACUCCUGCUGAAAAAAAUCCGGAGCAUGAAAUUGCUAAGAAAUUCAAUGAGAUUACCAAAGCUAAAAAUAAUAUUGAGAAGGCUAAUAAAACGCUCUCCAACCAUCUUGGGAGUUUGAAGGAGUGGAAGCAGGAGGUCAGCACAGUGCUUCAAGAGGCAAUUAACAGGGCGACGGAUGUUCAUGAUGCGUUGAGAGAUACGGACAUAACUAAUCCGCUUGGCAAGGAAAUUAAUAAUAUCGAAGAACGUAAUAAGGAAAUUCAAGAUGCAAAUGACUUACUUGGAAAAGAAGUUCAUAAUUUAGGCAAUUGGAAGUCUGCGGCCGGGAAAGUUAUUGGCAAGGUCAACGAGAAGUGUGGCGCAAUAUUGGGGAAAGUUCAUCAUAACAGCGGUGUUUUGAAAACGGAGAUUGGUGAAAAUGCUAACAAGUUGAAAGAGAAAGCUGAGAACCUUUUGACCGCUUACCAGGCGGCACAUCAAAAUGUUUCACAGUUGGAACAGCAAGUUAAAGCAGCCGUUUCACAGUUGGAAGAGGGCAUGAAAAUGGAUUUGGUGGACUUGCAACAGAGCAUUGUCGGCGAAAUGAAGGGGCAUGUUGGUGAGAUGAUUAAGCAAAUUCAGGGGCAGGUGACGAAGAUUAAGGGGGAGGCGGGGACAGGGAAUGGGACAGGUGGAAAAGGCCUAGAAGGAAUUGCCAGCGGAUUGGUUGGCAGCUAUGCGAGUGGGUUCACAACGUUUGGAAGAAUAGUGAAUGGCUGGGCGGAAGGAAUGUUGGGAAAUAAUGAGAAGGGUGAUAAGGAAAAGAAAGUUAAGGAGUGGCUUCAGAAGUAUGUCGACGAGAAGGGUGGGAGCGGGAUUGACGUGGUGAGGCUGCUGAAUGGUUCUAUACGUCGGUUUUCAUGGAGUCGCCAAAUUAUCAAGCAGAUUAGGGAGCAGCUUCAGCAUGAAAUUGAUAAUGAAGCCCAGGGGCAUGUUAUUAGUGGGAUGGAAAAAGCCAACGGCAAAGUUGAGGCAACGGUUCAAGCGGUGAAAAAAGCCUGUGAGACGUUUGUAAAAGGGAUCGAUCAGAAACUUAAAGAUCCGGGAUUUAAGCAGCUUGCCGAGAAUAUUUACCAGGGGAUCCUCAGUGAGGGGGGAUGGAAAAGUUACGGCAGCCACCUGGACAACAAGAAAGCCAUAGAACCCGCCACUGAAGCCGCGCUCAUUGGUCUCUCCGCUACCGCUAGUCAGGUGGCCGGGGAAAUUCAGUCCAUCCUACUCGACAAGAGGGUGGGAAAUUAUGACCCCGGCAACUCAAAAAGUAUAGCGGAGGAAUUGGAUAGUGUGGUUGAGGAGACUAAGGCGCUGCACGGGAAUCUCGGAGCAGCGCAUCAACAAACCGUAGACGGAAUCCCUCCCCUCCCUGUUGCUCAAGGCACCAAUAAUGAUCUUGCCAAGCAAGUUGAUAAAAUUAAGGAGAAAGUGAAUCAGCACAUACCUGAGCAAGCCCAAAUGGCUAAUCAAUUUAGCACCGUCAUGCAGAAAUACCAUGAAGCGAAAGGUGAAACUGGGAGAGGUGGCCAUAAAUAUCACGAAUUGACUACCAAGCUUAUCCCCGGCGCGAUGCAGCCAUUCAAGACAGAAGCUAAACUCACCGACCCUGGCCAAGUUGCUGGUCAAAAAGGAGAAGUUCAAGAAUAUUUCAACAAAAUAAUGCACGAACUCCAAGCCGUCGCGCACCUUGUCGAUAAGGACAAGCAGGCGUGGCCGCCGGCGCUGAGUGACCAAGAGCCUUCGGACAAAGAUGGCAUCAGGCAGCGGUUGGAGAAUCUGACGAAAAUGCUUAAAAACGUUGAUAAAUAUGAUAUAAAGUAUAUGUCCUUCAUUGAUGGAUUAAAUGUGAUAUCUGUAAAAGGCCUUGAGAAAAUUAGGGAGGACAUUGAAACUUUGCAACUCGUUGCGUUCACUAACCAACCAAUUGAAAUUCACACAGCCGUCCAAGAAAUUAAGGAUCAGCUCGAAAAGCUUCGAGACGAUCUGAAAGCCACAAGUGGAAAGAAAGAUGAUGUCAUCAACAGGCUGAAUGAUUUGAAAAACAAUGGUCUUGGUGACCAGGCAAAUUCUUGGAAUGGCAGAAAUGGCCUGAUGAAAAUACAUGAGAACAUUGAAACACUGCAACUCGUUGCGUUCACUAACGAGCCCAUUGAAAUCCAACAUGCAGUCACCGCUAUGACCCAGGAACUUCAAGAACUUCAGAAAGAUUUGGACAACAAUGUUACAAAUAAAUUGCAAACGUUGCAAAAGUUCGGCCUUGAAAAUGGUGGAUACGACUGGUAUGGCAACCACAAUGCAAAGGGAUUCGAGACAAUCAAGGAGGGGAUUGAGAAGCACAACAAAACGUUGAAGACUCAAAACGAUAUAAUCAAUAGUUCCAUGCAAGUGGUCAGGAGGCAACUUGCGCUGGUCGGAGUCAAACUGCAACACGCAGUCAGCGACGACGACGUGCUAGACCCCUUAAGGUUGUUGAGAAAGAUGAUCGGCAAGGAUACUCCAUUCGACGGAAACCUCCAAGCAAUCCAUAAAGCCCUUGACGGCGUCCACACCCUGGUGCCACGCGUCAACGCACAACUCACCGAGCUGUGCGAGGCGGUUAAGAUUCCGGGACUCAGCGUCAAGGAAGCACUGGAGAGGCUGAGCACUCUGAUCGAAUAUGACUACGUGGUCAUCAACGGCGGUGAGCAGCACGGCCUGAACGAAACUAAGAAUGAGCUCAAGAGGCUGCGCGCCUAUCUACUGAGCGGGCCCAUAGAGGCCUGCGAGCAGUUCCUCCGGGACGCCGACGCGGCCGGCAGGCUGGCCAAGCAGCGGAUCAGGGGGCAUCUGCACCAACAGAUUCAACUCGCCGAGGAUGCCAUGAUCGCACAGGCCAACGCAAAUUACGUGUCAAGCGUGAAGCAGAUGCUGCAACAGUACGCCUCCAAGGUGAACGGCGAGCUGGGCAAACUGCCCGCCGAAAUCGACAGGGAUCUGCAGAUUGGCUUCAAGGGCUUCGUGAAGCAGAUUCCCGGUGACAAUAACGGCAACAUAAAUUUGCUCAGGGAGACCGCCAACCUCCGCGAUUUGUCGUAUCGCUUCAACGUCUUCUGCGGCCGGUUGCGUAUGUACCUCGAGGCUGAGAUCAAGAGAGAGCACCUCGAACAAAUGUCGCAAAGAAAUCCCGUUCCUCGGGGGCCCGAGACGCUGUACACCAAUCAGCUCGCCGAAAUUUACACAGCACUCAAUGACCUACUUGGCCACUUAAUUCGGCGCAAACGCUACGACCAUGAGCUGCCUGGUAAACUUGACAAACUCACCGACGCUGUGAAUGCCCUCAGGCCACAAGGCUUUACUAAGCCCAACAGCCCCCUGCUGGAUGGCAUCGGUGAAGGGCUGCGUGCGUUCGUUGGAGAACUAAGAAACGUGUACAUAUCGACGUACGACGGCGCCUUAGACGAGUGCGUGCUGUUCCACGCGGCGAAAAAGACGCACACCCCCGAGGCCGCCAAGUGCGCGAUGAUUCUUCUGACCAUCACUGAUAUAAUUUUUCGCGGCAUAAACAGGCUCAGAAUGGGCUGCGCAGAUGGGUGGGUGCAUCACAACAUAAAUGCGUACAAUCCCCUAGGGCAAUUCCUCGCGCGCUGUGGCUUCGUCGUUGCUUCCGAUGGCCUCAUCCACGCCGAGCUCCGGAACGAGAAUGCCUGCAACGGUGCUGAAAUCUGCGGCCUCAUCCAUGGCGCUUUGGAGCCCCUGGACGCACUCCACGACAUGCUGAAAUAUUACUUGCGUGUCUGUCACCUGCACAUCCCCCCUGAGCCACGAUACCCCUGCACCGUCAGGGACGUCCUCGCUUGGCUCGCCGGGCUGCCGCACACCGCAGUAUACAAGCGCGUGCCAGCGCAUUGCCAUAACCUGCUCAGAGAUAGAAACAACAACAGCGAUGACGUCCUUAAUCACAUCCUCUCCACGGGGCUGCACUUCAGUCUCGUCGACACAACUGUCUUGGCGUACGACCUCCUCGUCACCAUCUGCGGUAACGGUCGCGGCUUCGACCACGCCGACUACAAAUACGCCUGCAACUUCUGGGACAACUCACGCGGCUUUCAUUACCCAUCAGACGUUGCUGAGCUCCUGGACAUCCUGGCAAGCCUAUGUAUACGUGUCUUGCGUGCACUCAACUUUUUGCGCGCCCGUUGCCGAUACGAUGCGUCCAUGGGCCACGGCUGGUCAGAGUGCCGGUACGGCAGAAACGUCCCCGCCGCCAACUGGCAGUGCAACGACCACUCAAACAUCGAAUCAAAUUGUCGACCAAACUGCCAACCAAAAACCCACCUACAGGCCCACCUAAUGGACCAGUUACCCGGUUUGUUGCCACAUAAGCUGACGUCUGUCGGCUGUGACUAUGAAUGUCCGACGUGCCCUACGGCAUCCCCCGGCCAGCAGUGCGUCACCCCAAUGGGCUUCUGGGACCUGCCACGUGCAGGAUCUAGAACGGGCACCGGCAGAGAUAUAUUCGCCGUGCUCACCGCCUUGUGCAGCAAUGCCGAGUCACCGUUGCCCUCCCUGCUGCGGUGCCUUUCCUCAAUUAACCCCUGUCCGCCUCAAAGUCUCGGUGACAUGUUUGCCUUCUUCUGCAACUUGGCGCAGUGCCGGCAGUCCGGAAAGUAUGUCGAUAACUCCGGCUUCACUACCAACCUGAACGCUAACGUCAUUCCCAGCGUCUCCCUGAACCUUUGCCCAAGAACGCAGGCGGUGCGAUUGACCAGCGCGCUGACCGCAUUGUACCACUCCCCCGCAGACCACGCCGCUGCAGCCCAGGCGGACGCCGACACCAACACGGACACCAACACGGAUACCCACUCGGACCUGUCGAGCCUCACUGUCCGAGCGCAGUGCUCCGACUCACUCACCUGCGCCCCCUACCUCCAACCUCUCUCCUUCCACGCCUGCCACACCUUCCCCGAGCGGCACUCCCACCUCUACCUCUCAUGGGUCGUACACCUGGCGUGGCACUUCUGGCAGUUGCUGCGGGAGCUACUGGACCAAUUCCAGAACAUCGACUGCAGAGCCUCCGGCUGCGCCGAAUGUCCCUGCAACCCGGGCCAGCACGGCGUCGAAUUCAACUGCAAGUGCGGGGCUCUGGUCAGCUGUGGCGGCGUCAUGCCCACACUCUUCCACCACGGCUUCACCUUCGGCAACGCCAGGACCCUGUACCAGACGAGCAGGAAAUAUUGCCGCCACUUCCACACUCAGCUGCAGAACGUGCUCCACUCCAACCACUUCACGGAGUUGUUCCGCCAGAUCGAUGAGUUCCUCUACUGCAUCCGUCUACCUUUCCUCUCCGCCAUCGCCGCACUCUGGCUUAUCGCAGCGCUCUACAUCCUCAUCGUACUACUCUACCGCAUGGAUGUGCUGCGCAUCCGCUCGCACCUACUCACCUCCAAGGCUUCACACCUAAUCGAUGUCAAGGCGCUCCUCACUCACGGGAGGAAGAUGCUCUCACUAUACCACGACGUCGACUACUUCGACGACGAACCCUUUGACUAA